GCUGAGCCGGGGCUUUCAGCAUGGCCCCUUGCCAGGGGAGGCUUUAAAAGGGUGGGGGCGCGUGGCUCCUCUCACUCUCACGGCAGGACAACCCAAGGGCAUCAAAGCAAGACAAGAUGACUCACCACUGCACCAAGUUCUCCGGCCACUGGAAGAUCAUUGUCUACGAUGAGGAGUGCUUCCAGGGCCGUCGCCAUGAGUUCACCUCCGAGUGCUGCAACGUGAUGGAGUUCGGCUUCGAGACCGUGCGCUCCCUCAGGGUGGAGAGCGGCGCCUGGGUGGGCUACGAGCACGCCUCCUACCAGGGACAGCAGUUUGUGCUGGAGCGGGGAGAGUACCCCCAGUGCGAUGCUUUCGGCGGCAGCAACUCCUACCACAUCGAGAGAAUGACCUCCUUCAGGCCUAUUGCCUGCGCCAACCACAGAGAGUGUCGCAUGACUAUCUACGAGCGUGAGAACUUCCUGGGUCGUAAGGGCGAGCUUAGCGACGAUUAUCCCUCCCUCCAGGCCAUGGGCUGGUGCAACAAUGAAGUUGGCUCUCUCAGGAUCCAGUCUGGAGCAUUCGUGUGCUACCAGUACCCUGGUUAUCGUGGAUACCAGUAUAUCAUGGAGUGUGAUCGUCACUGUGGGGAGUAUAAACACUUCAGGGAGUUUGGCUCCCACUGCCAGACCCCUCAGAUCCAGUCCAUCCGCCGUAUUCAGCAGUAACAACUUACUUCAAAACCUUUCUCCCAUGUGACCUUUCACCUUUGACCCCUGCUGCUUCCAAAUGCUGAAUAAACUGUCUUUCUUAAACCUUA